GUCAAGUAUAAGACGUCCAAGGCUGCUGCGGCCGAAGAUGAGUCUAUGAGCGUCGACGAAGGCUCGGCCAAGAAGAACACGGCUCGUAUCACGGGGCUCCGCAGCCAGAUCGACGGUCUCAAGAAGUUCCCUGACAGCACUGGUGUGUUCGCGUCGAUGCGGGCGUCUCUGGUCAAGGAGCUCAAUGAAUGCCGAGCCAGACUGCUCGACGCCAAGCCGCUGCACAUCCAGAUCGAGAGGAUCACGCAACUGAUCGUGGAUUUCGUGGACCUCGAGGCCCAGCGCACCCAAGUGGCAGCCUGCUUCCCGCAGCCGGCCACCGUCGUCGACGGCGCGGUGGCCUCUCUCGACGCGGUGCCCCGGUCCGCGCGCGCGUCGACGGCGCAGCCCGAGCACGUUGCCGGCAGCUCCGGCGCCAACAAGGGGCUGGCUCGCGAGCUG